UGGUUGGGCUGGGCUGGGCUGGGCUGGGCUGAAGAACAAUGACACACGAAGAAAGAAGACUCAGCCCCUGCAGGACCUGGGCAAAAGGGAGGGCCUGACCAGAGGCCCGGGGUGCCGGAGCUGGACCCAGAGCUCCCACCGCGGCCAUCCCUUCCCGGGGCUGGGUCAUGCGCUGCCCCAAGUGCCUUCUCUGCCUGUCAGCACUGCUCACGCUCCUGGGCCUCAAAGUGUACAUCGAGUGGACAUCGGAGUCUCGGCUGAGCAAGGUCUAUCUGGGACCCCAGGGCACCCUGCCAGGCCCCUCGCCAGCCAGUCCUGAGCCCACCCUGCCAGCUAACCUCUCGGCCCGUCUGGGCCAAACUGGCCCACUGCCCUUGGCUUACUGGAACCAGCAGCAGAGGCGGCUGGGGGCCCUGCCCAGUGGAAACAGCACUGAGGAGGGAGACUGCCGGGCUUGGGGGGCUGCCGCGGCUGCUGAAAUCCCCGAUUUCACCUCCUACCCUGAGGACCUCCGCCGCUUCUUGCUGUCAGCAGCCUGCCGGAGCUUCCCUCAGUGGCUGCCUGGAGGUGGCCGUGGCCAAGUGCCCAGCUGUGCGGAAACCAAUAUCCCCUACCUGCUGCUGGCUGUCAAGUCGGAACCAGGGCGAUUUGCUGAACGACAGGCCGUGAGGGAGACCUGGGGUGGUCCCGCUCCUGGAAUCCGCCUGCUCUUCCUGCUGGGGUCCCCAGUAGGUGAGGGGGGUCCUGACCUAGGCCCUCUGGUGGCCUGGGAGAGCCACCGCUACAGUGAUCUGCUGCUCUGGGACUUCCUGGACGUUCCCUUCAAUGAGACACUUAAGGACCUGCUGCUACUGUCCUGGCUGAGCCACCACUGCGCUGGUGUGAGCUUCAUCUUGCAAGCUCAGGAUGAUGCCUUUGUGCACACUCCUGCCCUGCUGGACUACCUGCGGGCCCUGCCACCCAGCUGGGCCCGAGGCCUCUACCUGGGUGAGGUCUUUUCCCAGGCCAAGCCCCUCCGGAAGCCUGGAGGACCUUUCUACGUGCCCAUGUCCUUCUUUGAAGGUGACUACCCGGCCUAUGCCAGCGGGGGUGGCUACAUCAUCGCUGGGCGCCUGGCACCCUGGCUGUUGCAGGCAGCAGCCCGUGUGGCACCGUUCCCCUUCAACGAUGUCUACAUUGGCCUGUGCUUCCGUGCUCUUGGCCUAGCGCCCAGGGCCCACAUAGGCUUCCUCACAGCCUGGCCAGCGGACCGCAGGGCUGACCCCUGCGUUCUCCGUGACCUGCUGCUGGUGCGACCCAUCAGACCCCAGGAGAGCCUUUGGCUCUGGAAACACCUGCAGGACCCUCAGCUCCAUUGCUGAGCCUCAGUGGGGUUGGGAGGGGAGGGCCAGCCUGGCCUGGGCCAGGGCCUCAGUGCCUGCCCCUUGCUCAGCCUCUCUGUGAGGAGGUCCUAGAAUCACGACUGCUUGAGCCCCUCCUGGGCUGGCCCAGGCUAUGGGACCGGGCAGCAGGAGGCAGAGGACUGUUUUUGUCUACUUUUUGUUUUUGAAAAAUACGAACACCCCACUCUGAGGC